UUGGUUCAUUCACGUUUUCUCCUUUUUUUCUCCAAGGUUUAUAAGAGAUAUAAGCAAUAUUACCAACAAAUGCAAGCUGCUGUAGCAGCAUUCGAAUCGGUUGCCGGUUUAAGCAGCGCAGCACCUUUUGCUAACCUGUCCUUAAAAGCAAUGUCCAAACACUUCACAUAUCUAAAAAACGCCAUAACCGACCAGCUGUCGAAAUCUCACAGCUCUGAUCGAGAUGAAAGUACUCAAAGGCUCGAAAAUUCAGGAAAAAGUAGUGCUUACUGCACGAGACCGUUUCACGGUGGUGCCGGAUUUGUGGACCCGCCGCCGCCCGUGUGGCGCCCACAGAGAGGUCUUCCGGAACAUGCUGUCACAGUCCUCCGAGCUUGGUUGUUCGAACAUUUUUUACAUCCUUACCCGACCGAUACUGACAAGCUAAUGCUGGCAAAACAGACGGGUUUGUCUAGGAAUCAGGUCUCGAAUUGGUUCAUAAACGCAAGAGUAAGGCUGUGGAAACCGAUGGUAGAGGAGAUUCACACGCUCGAGACACGUCAGCAGGGCCAAAACUCCUCUUCAUCAAAAUCCGAACAAUCUCCAAACAAAAGCAAUAAUGAGCACACGCCCACGACCCGCCCGAUUGAAUUCGACAGCCCAUACCCACCCGGAUUCCCCUCCAAACGAACCCGAGAAGACCCGACCAACAACACUCCACGACAAAAGAACCACGGGCCCGUCAUAUUGCCUUACGACAGCUUUAUGCCGAAUAAUAACAACAUUAACAACAAUCAUAAUAAUCACUUGCAUGCUGGCAUGGGCAGUGGUGGGGUCUCUUUAACUUUGGGCCUUCACCAGAAUGGGCUGGGCCUGCCGGACUCGUAUCCGAUAAAUGCAGCCCGACGGUUUGGGCUGGACUUGCAGCCAGGGGAGGAGUACGUGGCCCACAAUCGGCAGUUUGGGAGGGAGGUCUUGGAUGGGCAGCAGCAGAUCGUGCAUGAUUUUGUUGGCUGAAAAAUAAGGAAAUGAUUUGUCUUUUAUUCUAUAUUUUUUUUUUUUUUGGUCCCUAGAAGGAAUUCUCCAUGUGCAAUUAACUGUUGUUUCCAAAUUAUUCAUAGUAUUGUAUAAAUUUUAUAUAACUUGCACUGCUAGUGACUAUAGUGCAAUCAAUGAAAAUAGGAUUUGGUGUUUAGAUAUUGUGAGGGGGAAGUUUUUUAUUUGCUUAAGACGGCUUUUUCACGGUGAU